UAUGCCCUUUUUUGGGUUUCCGGCCAGAGGCAUGCUGGGAGCGUCACAUGCAAAUUGACCGUGCACCCAGCGUUCCGCCCUUUCUACGUUGGGCCGGUUAGCGACCCGGCCCAGUGCGCAGGCGCGGGAAAGUUGAACUAAUAAAGUUUGUACGAGUUGAGUGGAGGAGACCGCAAGUUGAGUGGAGGAGACCGCAAGUUGAGUGGAGGAGGCGGCGGUGGGGCCUCGGACCAGGUGCCUCCAUGGCAGGCUCUGAAGAGCUGGGGCUCCGGGAAGACACGCUGAGGGUCCUAGCUGCCUUCCAUAGGCAUGGUGAGGCUGCCGGGUCUCCUGUUCCAACUCCACCUAGAAGCCCUGCCCAAGAAGAGCCAACAGACUUCCUGAGCCGCCUUCGAAGAUGUCUUCCCUGCUCCCUGGGGCGAGGAGCAGCCCCCUCUGAGUCCCCUCGGCCUUGCUCUCUGCCCAUCCGUCCCUGCUAUGGUUCAGAGCCUGGCCCAGCUACUCCAGACUUCUAUGCCUUGGUGGCCCAGCGGCUGGAACAGCUGGUCCAAGAGCAACUGAAAUCUCCGCCUAGCCCAGAAUUACAGGGUCCCCCACCCACAGAGAAGGAAGCCAUACUGCGGAGGCUGGUGGCCCUGCUGGAGGAGGAGGCAGAAGUCAUUAACCAGAAGCUGGCCUCGGACCCCGCCCUGCGCAGCAAGCUGGUCCGCCUGUCCUCCGGCUCUUUCGCCCGCCUGGUGGAGCUGUUCUGUAGCCGGGAGGACAGCUCUCGCCCAAGCCGAGCAUGCCCCGGGCCCCCGCCUCCUUCCCCGGAGCCCCUGGCCCGCCUGGCCCUGGCCAUGGAGCUGAGCCGGCGCGUGGCCGGGCUGGGGGGCACCCUGGCCGGACUCAGCGUGGAGCACGUGCACAGCUUCACGCCCUGGAUCCAGGCCCACGGGGGCUGGGAGGGCAUCCUGGCCGUUUCACCCGGGGACUUGAACUUGCCAUUGGACUGAGCUCUUUCUCAGAAGCUGCUACAAGAUGACACCUCAUGUCCUUGCCCUCUUCGUGUGCUUUUCCAAGCCUUCCUAUUCCACUCAGGGCUGUGGGGUGGUGGUUGCCCUACCUGUUUUUGCCAAAAAUAAAUUGUUUAAAACUUUUCAUAUUAAAAACGUUACAAAGUA